AUGCCUCCUGCCUUACAGAGCCUGGAGAAGCAGGGCGAGAACGUUGAUAUCCCCAUGCUGCCUGAGGUCAUCGGACUGCGGACCAUCCAGGGAAGCGUCGACCACAUCGUGGAGUGCGAGUACGCCCACACCUGGACCUGCACCCUCGACGCCGUGAGAAGCCUGACGGGGCAGUCUGCGAUGUUCUGGGCCGAUCUUUUCCUGCUGACUUUCGUGCUCUACUACGUGGACAUCGCCCUGGACCUUAAGCAAUUGUGCUUAUUCUGGCAAAAGCGACUUUUCGGCUACUUCACUCUCAACGUCGCCGGCCUGGCGCUGCCUCCCGUUUUCACGACGUUGGAGGCG